GCAUUGAUGACCAGCAGCUCGCCAUCGCGUUGCAGACUUGCUUCAUGAAGCCACAUCGAUCUUCACCAUUUCUGCGGAUGGUCGAGCACGGCAGCGUACUGCACCAUCUGACACAAUGGGCAUCCCAUACAGUAAAGAAAUCAAUGCGGCAUUCGAACAGGUGACGCCACUGGUAGCGGCCGGGUUUGAAGUUCUCCAGACCACAAAAGACAUUGCGAUCCUGUUGGCUUUCAUCCAGGUACUGACCGUUGCUAUUCUGGCUUUCAUCUUGCUCGCUCUUCUGGCCUUGCUGGUCACCAUUAAUCCAGACAUGGACAAAGAGCGAAGAGAGCUGGUGACCCCGACCCUCAUCUGGCUGGUCAGCUGGGUAUACGCGUAUGGCACACCAAUAAAGUGGUUGCUCCGGAUUCUUCUUCUGGUGGCCUCGGUCGGUUUCUGCCUGUUCCUCUGGCAUGGAUCUUUGGCUGGCGUCAAGGCUCCAAACUCUGAAGAAGCCGAGUCUGGCGAAACGCCCGUAGAACAACAGUCGAAGUUGGAUGAUGCUAAAGACAAAGGUAAAGGGAAGGCAAAGGACAAAAACAAUGAUAAGGACAAAUGA